AUGGACACAGCAGAACAUGCAGAUAACCCACGUUCCACCGGUGUGGUACAAAGAUUCGUGUGUUGCUUCUGCUUUCGGACAGGUGAGAAAGACUGCGAUCAGGAGAAUCCACAAAAUCCCAGUGCUGUUGUGGAUGAUGAGAGCAUCCAUAUUGUUGUUGAAGAUUUGGGCAUAGACAACCCUGGCUUUAGCCUUUCUGAAGUGGAGCACUGCAGGCCGCCUCAACAGAGCACCAUGGGUCGUUCUGCCAGUUCUGUGUCCAUUUGCCAAAGGGCAGCACAAAAGAAGAAGCUCGCACCUCUUUCCUCCUUACCGCUUCAGUCAACAGUUCAUCUGGGGAGCAAUGAGGAGGACUUUGUAGAUGCUCUUUUAUAUGGGAGCACUAGUGAUAGUGAUGGUGAUCUCCUGAGACCACCAGUCAUCAAUCUCAUACCACCAACACCUUCUGACGUUAUAGAUGAUGACCAGUUUUUCGACAUGAAUUCGAAAGAAGAGAGCAUGUUGCAAACAUCGGGCAGCGAAGGGGUGGACAGUAUCGGAAGUGCUGUUAGUGGAGAGCAAGAUUGUGAGGAAGGUGUGGAGAAACCAGUCAGAGAUGAAGAAUCUGAUAUCAAAAAUGAAGAAGGUUUACCUAAAUUGGAAGAUGUAAUGGCCACGAGGAGCAAAGUGGACAAGUCUACCGUUCACUUUUUGAGGAGUAUGUUUCAAGUGCCCCCGCUUCCUGAAUACCCACGCAAAAGGAGUCUCAAUACUGGAGUCAGUUUACUACAGUUCACAGAGCAUAAUUUGGAUGACCUGAGCAACAAAGAUGCCAGCAGGCAUGAGUUACUAAAGGAAGAGCUGAGACUACUGCCUCUUAGCAGUAAUAUAAGCAUGCUGACAAACCAAAAGAAAACUGCAGUCAGGUCCUGUAGUUUGGGUGAUACAGUUAAGAAAAGUCCUACCUCUUACUCCAAACGUCAAGGAGGAGAUGAAAUUCUUGAAGAUGAGGGGUCACCACGGCAACGAAGGAUAACUGUUGCGUCCUACAUUCCCCAUUCAAAUGAUCACAUUGGAGAAGAUACGCGGGAUUCUAAUGAGCAAAAAGUCAAAACUCUAGCGGAGUUGAACACAGAAGAGAUCUGCCGGUGGUUUAGUAAAAUUGGUUUACAGAAAUGUCUUCCCUUCAUUAGAGAGGCAGAACUCAAUGGAUCUCACAUUGCCUCUAUUGACCUCAACACCCUUGAAAUCCUUCAAGUGUCCAGCCUGGAGGAGAGAGAGAGUUUGCUUUCGGCCAUCUACAAUGAGUUACAUCCACCAGACUCCACCACCCAGCGACUCGAUGCCCUCCUAGAAAUGUUUGGUCCACACAACGUUGAGAAAUUCACAGCGGCUUUGGUGUCUAUGACCAAGUCAAAUUCAUCUCCUCACAUAAGUAGCAUCAACAUGAACAGGUGCUCCUUCAAAGUCAGGCAGAAAGAGCAAAACACCAUUGGUCAAAAGAACUCACAUCUUGUGGAAAUCACAAUCAAAGCAUCAGAUCGAAUUGUUCAUCUGCGGACUCCUAGAGAGACAAGUGUGGGUAAAGUGAUGGAGUCCUGUCUGAGGAUGCUGGGAAUCAAUGAGGACAAAGAUCAUUUCAACCUUAAGGGCAAAGAAGAUGAGUUCUCCCCUGCGCAGCAGAUUGGAGAUUUGCCUGGUUCGGAAACGAGACUAAUGGAGCUUCACUUGUGUAGAAAGAAAGAUUCAGAUUCUGCAGAGGCCGUUAUUUGUACUGCUGAUGAUAUCCAGAGCAAAACUCCAAACAGUGCUGGAAAGAUUCGAGAACUUAACCAACAGGUGGUCUCCCUUCAAAAUGUCAUCAUACAGGUUCAAGAGAUUUACCACGGCCUGGUGGCUUUCUGUUCAGAGCUGAAGAAGAUGGAAGGAGAGAUUGAUGUUGAGCAGCUCGACAGCUUGGAACUGAGGAAAUGUCUCAGUCAAGCCCAAAACAAUCUGAAGAGUAAAAGACAGAGCCUUCAAAAACUCAGGGACAAUCUGAACACUGGACCAGCGCAGAAGAUAAAUCGAGCAGAAGUCCGGCUGCUGGAGAAGAUGAGACUGAACUGCCAGGUUUUUAAAGAAGAGAUCACGCUGGUCCACCUCAACCGGCAGGUGGCUCACCUGCGUGCAGCUCUGGAGAAGAUCCAGGCCAAGGAGAGAACUGAGAGGACGAGCAUAUCUUUGACUCAGCUGGUCUCGUUGGAGUCUCCUGUCAUGCUUGUGGCCACCCAGAUGAAAGCAAAUCCAGACGGUCAUUACGGUUUCUGUGUACGCAGAGUGGAGGGCCGAGGUCUGAUGGUGAUACAUAGUGAGGGUACUCCACUGUGUGUAAAUGACAGGCUGGUGGAGGUCAAUGGUGUGAGUGUUUUGGGGAGCAGUGAAGAGGAGCUGAAGAUUUUGCUUAAGACGCCUGACGCCCACAUCAUUGUUCUGCGCCAACUACCCCAACAGACUCUGCAGCAAAACCUUUCUGAUCUUAGACAGACUUUAACUCUGAGUGAUGACCAGAACUUACAAGUGCUAGAGAAACACCAUGUAAUGCUAUCCAACUAA